AUGAUUUGCUGUGUCUCGAUUUUAUAUUUCUCGGCUCAAUUCGUCACUCCCGACAAUGUGAAACAGUUAUCGUUGAGUGUCAGACAAGCAGCGGCGAGUUUGCGCUCGGUGGUGACAAUGGAUGGGUUGAUUUGGGUGGUUCUCUCUUGGUCACUCGUCGGUGGACUCUGCUAUUAUGCGCUGAACAAACUUGGUAUCACCAAUAAUGGUCAAAAUGUAGAGGCACGCAAAAAUGGGCACACCACCGCAUCUUCUUCCGGUAGCACCUCAAAUGGAGCGAAUUGCGAUUGGGCGAACGAUUUGAUUUAUUGGCUUUAUGGGAAUUUGAGGAGAGUCCCUGGGCCGCUCGACGCUUGGAUCAAGUCCCUGAACGAUGCAGCGAAGAAAGUGACCAAUCCGAGCAAAUGCGAGAUCCUUUUUGAAGGCUUCGGUGAUCACUCGGCUGUACACGAAGGGCCACAGCUGAGAAAUGUCAGAGUACAACAAGGACCAAGAGAUCAUUUGACACUGCGCACCGAUGUCCAUAUUCCGCAAAUGAGGCUGAAAUUGGUGUCAAGUCAGCGAAAUGUGCAGACAAUGGUUGUCACCAAUUAUGAUGUCGAUAUUUUGGAUUUACGUGGAGAGAUUGAAACUCGCGUUGCUUGCAUUGCUGGACAACUCUAUGUGAUGGGAUGUUUCAGUGGUCGUCCCGAAAUGGAUGUCCAAUUGAAGAAUACAGACACGAGGGCGACAAUGGAGGUUGAUCGAGGACUCGUCGAAGAUGCGAUUCGGCGCUGUCUCGUCUCAGCAGUCACCAAUGUGAAUCUCUCUGAUGGAUCGGCUUCAAUGAGAAACUCGACCGACAUGAGUCCACCAGAGCCCUACAAAAGGCUUUCCGCACAGGGAUUGGCUUCUUCAAACAAUUACACAUCAGUGGCAAAUCCACGAUUGAGCCGAUCCCCACAAACAAGCUUCAACGCUUCUUUCGAGGGAAAACCUGUGGACGACUUUUUGACAAAGAAAUUGAAUAAUAAUCAGACAAUGACUCCAAAUGUGAAUGUGGUGAAUGCGCCAAAUAAGCUGAAGAUUAAUGUGAUCAAAGGAUCAAAGCUGGGAAAAGAUAUUGAUGUGCUUCAUCCAUAUGUUGUGAUUGAAACCGAUGAACCGCCACAGCGCUUCCAAACGACAAAGGGAAUCAACGCGAAUCCGUAUUGGGAAGAGCAAUUUGAUUUCGAAUUGAACCCGGCCACUGAGGAGAUGCUUUUCGAGGUGUAUGAAGGGAAACAGAAUAAAUCUCCAUCACAUGAUGACGUUUUUCUCGGAUUAGCAAUUGUGAAUUUGGAAGAGAUUCAACGAUCUUCUGAUUCGAUGCACGUGUUGAAUCUUCAAGGACGCCCAUAUCGAAAUGAUGCCGUGCAAGGGCAAUUGACAUGUCAAUUCGAGUACUACUACGAUCCAAAUGUGCGCGCGGUCGGCAGAGUGAGUGACACGGUGAUUGUGAAAGACCAGAAUGGAGGCGAAUUCCGUGAAUCGAUCACCACACAGAGGAGAGUCGUCUAUGAUCCACAUGACAACUUCGAUGAGGUGAUCCCGACGAAAACCACCACUGUCACUGUGAAAACUGUCACACAGAGUUUAAAGGACAAGCCGGCAAUUCAAUCAGUGCAUGGAUCAAUGGAGAAUGCGAUGGAUCCGAUCAUUCAACGCCAACUCGACGAUAGACUCCGUGAGAGACAUAUCGAACCACCAGUGAUGUCAUUGUCCGGCUACAGUCACGAGUCGGCUCUCAGCAAUGGUUCGAAUGAUCCACCGCGUGCCACUUCCACAAUCCCUCCAAUCACCGCUGUCGACGAUCGUCAGAGUCGAGUCUCCUCAUUCGGCUUUAUCCGUCGUUGCACCACAAUGUUGACAGAUCGAUCCAAGAAGAUGAAAGAGCCGAAAGAGAAAAGAGAUCGAUCGUUUUUUGGUGCAAUGAAAGAUCGGCUGAGCGGAAGGAGAAGCAAGUCGGCUAAACGAUCCCAAUCCUUUGAUCUUGAGAGCCCAGUCGUUCAAGAAGCCGUCUCAUUGCCAGCCAGCAGAGAUGCGUCGCGAGUGAGAUACGAUAGCGAGGGUCACUACGUGGAAACAGCGUCGUUGGGCGGGAAAUCGGGUGAAUCGACUCGAUCUCUCUAUCAACACAGCACCCUCGUUCUCGAAUUGAAUCACAAAGGAGAGAAAAAAUAUUUCUUGAUCCCUCCCUCAUUGUUGGCGGAACCAGCGGCAGCGAAAUUGAUGAAACGCGGCAAAAAACUUCACAUUUACAAUGAGCACACCUUUGUCGCCGUAAAAUGCAGAAGUAACAUUGAUUGCAAUGUGUGUCAUCAAAGAAUUGGAAGAAGCUUCUCGAAACAAGCUUAUCAGUGCAGAGAUUGCAAAAUGGUGUCCCACAAAUCGUGCCAUUACAAAUCUGACGCUUUCUGCACUCAUUCCAAUGUGGCGAGGUUGCCGAUAGUAAAAGACGUCGAUUGGAAUCAUUUCUUGAGCAAUCAUCAACUCGAGGAAUUCAUCUCAAUGGAGGGUGUU